AUGGAUCAAGAACAGUUCAGCGGAUGGAGUCCACCACGAGACGACCUGGAUGGGCUGAUCACAGGGUAUGAUGUAUCUACUACUAUACCCGAGGUUGACAGGGCCGCCUGGAGUGAACAGGGCACUGCAGCGUCCCCUUCUCAUCCGUCACGCUAUCUCGAGCCUUCCUCGCCGGGACCAGUCAGAUCACCGCUCCAACAGCCUCCCAAUACAAAUUUCAGCUCUAGACCACUCCCUCAGCGAAGGAUAGCUUCUUCAAGCCAAAUACCUAGCCUAGCCUAUGGAGAUCCGGCCCCGCAAGUCUCCUUCGAGCCUCCUCUUCGAUCGAUCUUUGUAUCGGGACCGCCUACUGCAUCAGUCUCUGCGAACACCGCGCUAGCGUCCUUGAGCGCUGCAGUGUCCUCGAGUAAUUCAGGCUCACUAGCUGCUCUGACAAGCGCUGGUGGAAGUCGGCGUACUAAUAUAAAGGCAGGAGACACCACGCCUUCCGCCUCGCCCGCUGGCUCCAGCAAUCGACAUCCUCUGCUCAAUCCCGAGAAAGAUGUAGAUGACCCCACAACAAGUGCAGUCACCAGCAGUUUCGACUCUGAUUCUGUGAACACCUCCACCACCCUUGCACGCUUAUUCAUAACAAGCGAUGGAACGAGUCCUGGUCCCACGUCCAGAGUCCACUCCCACCUCCGAACCGUAUCCAGUACCAGCAGAGGUCUCGGUGACACGGCGACACUCACAGGGCAUCUCUUCCGUCAUGGUUUCGAGGAAGGUCGUCAUUCAGACAUCACUGUGCAUGCUUUUGGUCAGAGUUAUAGACUUCACAAACUGCUUCUCGAUCGUGUGCCUUACUUUUCGUCGGCAUUCUCUGGUUCUUGGGCGGAGAGUACGGCGCGAGAGAUGACAAUUCCUUGCGAAGAUCUCGACCCAAGUAUCAGUAGAAACGCUUUUGAGCUUGCACUCAAGAGAAUCUAUGGUACACAGUUUCCUGUGCAGGAAGAGAAAGAAGCAAUUGGGCUCUUCGCUACUGCAUGCUGGCUUGAUAUGGCUGACCUGGUCGAGUCCUGUGUCGACUCGAUCCUUCGACAGAUGCAGCCAGCUACCCUUCACAAUUUGAUCAAACUAGUGACCAAUAAUUACUAUGGGAAAGCUGGUGAUCGUAUCCUGGCUUCCGCGAAGGCAAUGCUUUGCAAAGAGGGUUGGGAGAUGCCUUACGAGUACUGGGACGAAAUCCCCGCUGAAAUCAUCCGCGAGAUCGUUGGCGGGGACCCGUUCUUCGUACCAGGCGAGUGGGAAAGGUGGUACCUCGCCCUAAAGCUAUUGAAUCGCCGCCUGAAGGCGAAGGCCAUCGAAGGAGGGCUGGUGUCUCCGAGUGGUCGAUAUCUUUAUCCCAAACCAACAAGCCUGCGGUUUUUUGCCGUGAGAUUUGAUGUGCCUUACAGAAUAACUGGACACAACCGGUACGUUUCCGAGAAGGACGAGGCCUGGGUCGCCCUGUACACAUCGCCCGAAAUCGCACCUCUGCUUGUGCUCCUAGACGAAGGAAUCCAUUAUGUUCAUCUUCGCUUCGAACAAUUACAGCAGAUCCGGACGCAGAAAGACAUCCUUGGAGUGCCGGUACUGCCGGAGAAGGUCAUAAGUGAUGCCUUGUGGAUGUCAAUGGAACUUCGACAGAAGGUCCUCAAUGCCCGGGAGACUGACGAGACGCUCGGACUAAGCGAAGUAGCCGAAGACUUUGACGAAGCGGAAGAUCAUGCUGAACAAGCAUCGGACCAGAAAGGAAAGUCCCGAGACGAUGGGCCAGCCAGCACAACCGAAGUUCCCGCAGAGAUGGAGUCUGGCUCCUGGGAUGGUAACGGCAAACCUCGAAAAUUCUGGAUUCCGACUAACGACGUCUCCUGCGUGAUGGGAGGCACUCGCGAAGCCUGUGUAGCUGCUAACUCUACGAGCGUUGCAGAGUGGAGCACGCAUGCAGCCAGAUUAUCAGCUAGCCUCGAGCCCACUGAUGUCGCAUGGGCCCUCGACUUCACAAGUGGCAAUGUAAUCGACAGCGGCAGACCUCCAUCCAGAGGCUAUUCUCCAACAUCAACGCCACGUUUCAGCUACUAUCCUCCAUUUCGAUUUUCAGCCGAGUUCCCGAGUCCCCGGACACUGAAAGAGAAGAAACGGGUCUAUUCACACACUGUUUGGUAUGCGGGAAGCCUGUGGAACCUCUAUAUCCAACGCGUCAAUAACUCGAAGGUCCAGCAGUUGGGCAUAUACUUGCACAGAGCUAAGGAUAAAGAUCCGUGCGAAGAUCCACUUGCCCUGUGGAUAUCUUCGACGGUGGACGAUCGCAUCGGACAGCUGGAGCGGGAGAUGCUGCUUCGGAAGACGGAACAGCGAAAUCGCAGUUGGCACGUCAAUGAGCCAGUUCGAGGGUCAACGGCAGAGCUUGAGGAUGCAUCAGCCGAGUCGACACAAGAAUAUGAUAGUUCGAAUCCACCGAUCGUGGAAGGCGAAAGGGUGACAUUUCGACGGCGAACGGCAAAGCCGGUCCAAAAGAUUUCACAAAACCCUGAAAGUGGGGGCAAGCUGUCCAAUGACUCUUCUCCCGCCGACGGCCUGAUGUUAGAUUCGGAUGAGGAGGAUGCAGAGUUGUUGCGGACGAACAGGAAAUACAAUGUUUCUGCUAUGCCACCUUACAUGGAUGGACGUCCGACAAUACGAACAUACUUUAAAAUCUAUUCACCGAGCAAGGGCGGGCGGCUUUUGAGCAUUUAUGAGAGCGCGCCAGACAAGUUCGAUGUCAGUAAGAGUUGGGGUUGGAAGAGCAGCCAGAUGCAACUCGACGACGGGAUUGGCGGAUGUGACACGACGAAGUCUAGUAAAGACGGGAAAUUGAGGUAUAUGGUCGUCAUUGGCAACAUAUAA